UUUCCCCGACUUUAUGCAAGGCAGCACUUGCUUUUUCUUUAAAGUUGAUGAUAAUAGUGUAGGGGUUUGUGCUACUUGCAAGGUCACUGCAAGAGUGAGCACUGGACUUCAGACUGUAGCUGAGGGCUGAGGUAAACAGCAGGACUAUAAAUAUCAGUGUCUCCCUGAGGCUUUGUGGAGCUGCCCCAGAGACGUAAAGAGAAAGCAGGCAGGCUCGGUGGAAGGGGCUGUGACAACCCCAGCAAUGUGGAGAGGCCUGGGGCUUGCCCUGGCUCUCUGUCUCCUCCCCUGGGGAGGAACAGAGAGCCAGGAGCAAAGCUCCCGAUGUAAGCAACCCCCAGACUGGAGCAUAAGAGAUCAAAAUCCAAUGCUGAACUCCAAUGGUUCAGUGACUGUGGUUGCUCUUCUUAAAGCCAGUUGAUAUCUGUGCAUUCUGCAGGCAGCUGGAUUAGAAGACCUGCGAGUACAACUGGAGAAAGAAGGAUAUACUAAUAUUUCCUAUGUCAUUGUUAAUCAUCAAGGAAUCUCUUCCCAAUUAAACUACAUACAUCUUAAGAAUAAGGUUUCAGAACAUAUUCCUGUUUAUCAACAAGAAGAAAACCAAACAGAUGUCUGGACUCUUUUAAAUGGAAGCAAAGAUGACUUCCUCAUAUAUGAUAGAUGUGGCCGUCUUGUAUAUCAUAUUGGUCUGCCUUUUUCCUUCCUGACUUUCCCAUAUGUAGAAGAAGCCAUUAAGAUUGCUUACUGUGAAAAGAAAUGUGGAAACUGCUCUCUCAUGACUCUCAAAGAUGAAAACUUCUGUAAAAAUGUAUCUUUGACUACUGUGGAAACAACUGAAGCUCAUCGUCAUCACAAGCAUCAUCACAAUCACAGGCAUCAGCAUCUUGGGAGCAGUGAGCUUUCAGAGAUUCAGCAACCAGGAGCACCAGAUGCUCCGAUUCAUCCCCCUCCUCUAGGCCUUCAUCACCACCACAAGCACAAGGAUCAUCAUAGGCAGGGUCACUCAGAGGGCUGAGAUAUGCCAGGAAGUGAGGGUUUACAACUUCCACAAAAGAAACUCUGACGAAAGGGAUGUAUAAAUCAAUUGCUCUGCAAAUUGCCCAAAGAUUCUGAGUUGGCUCCUAGAAGCUGAUGCUGACAUUGUCGACAUCUGAUAUUUGAAAAAACAGGGUCUACAAUCACCUGACAGUGUAAAGAAAAUCUCCCAUCUUUAUGUAGCUGACAGGGACUUCGGGCAGAGGAGAAUGUCACUGAAUCUUGUCAGUGACGUUUGCCUCCAGCUGCCUGACAAACAAGUCAGCAGCUCACACCCACAGAAGCCAGUACCAGAUGAAGCUGAAAGAAUAAGGCAAAAAAGUGAGAAUGACCAUCAAACUAAAUAUUUAAAAUAGGAUAUACUCCCCAAGUCAGUCUAGAUACAAUUUAAUUUCCAGCAUUUAAAAAAUCUACCAAAUUAAUUCGUGAACAAAAAAUAGGAAUUGGAUUUGUGCCAACAUGGAGAAAUCUACUGGAUUGGCUUUUAAAUUUUAAAUUUCAUGUCAUAAAAAUUUGACCCAAACAGUAUUUUUAUUAGGGGCAACUGAAAGGUGAUUGCAGCUUUUAGUUAGUAUGUCUUUUUUUUUUCUUUUUCCAGUGUUCUACUUGCAUUAAUGAGAACAGAAGCAUAAACUAUGACUUAGGGGUUUCUGUUGGAUAGUUAGCAAUUUAGAAUGGAGGAAGAGCAACAAAGACAUGCUUUCUAUUUCUUCUUAUCUCUCAAAACAAUAUUAUCUUUGUUUUUUCAUACUUACAUUUUUUAACUGAUUAAAACUUUAAAAAAAGAAGUGGAUUUUUUAUUUUAAGAUCCAGAAAUACUUAGCAGAUGAAUAUUUUGCCAAAAAGCAUAUAUAACUACAUUUUAAGUAUCCAUUUGUCUUUUUUUAUAUCUAAGACUCAUUAUCUUAAUUUUCAUUAUCACGAAUGAAUAAAAACUUUAUAUCUUGUUUUCUUUCUCUAACACUAUAUCAUACUAAUCUAAAAUUUGAGUGGUUGUCUUGAAAGAUAUAAAGGGAAAGGUAAAGAAUAUUGUGUAUCUCUAGACUGCUUAGAAAGUAUUCCAUAGUCAAUGAUGGUUUAAUAGGUAAACUAAACCCUAUAAGCCUGAAUUCCUUUAUGGUUAAUACUAUCAAGCAAGAAUGCAGUACACCAUUGGCUAAGGUAUGGCUUUGUCUAAAUAAACUAAAUUUUAAAAGUUUAAA